GCCUUGUUGAUUUACUAUGUUGGUGUAUUCUACGCCAAACUGGGCAAUUACCCACCCGUACUUCGCAACUUUCAAAAACACUUGAGUGAGGAGACUAGUAAACUAAGCAAAGUGUAUGGCCCGGUGUUUACCCUAUGGAUCGGUCCCUUACCAUUCGUGUUUAUAUGCGACCUCGAUAUGGGUCGGGAAGUGUAUAAUAAACCACAUUUCAAUGGACGUCCGAAAACACACUAUAAAAAGCUGUUUAGCAGCGGCCCAAACGAACAGAGUAUUGUUAACGCUGAUUAUGGACCAUGCUGGCUUAGUGGCCGCAAAAUUGCCAUGUCAGUCAUAAGUAAAUACGCCAAAACUAGUGAAUUGUCGCAAUUAGUGGCCAACAGAACGGCUGAUAUGUUACGGCUUAUAGUGGAAGAACAGGGUAUCAAUAAACCAUUUAAACCAAAUGAAUACUCGUAUAAUCUGUUCGCCAAUAUUGUUGUCUCAAUAUUGUUAAGCAUUGAGCUUAACAUGCAUCAAGAUGAAUUUAAAGCAUUAAAGUAUAUGACAACCGAUCAUUUUACUGAAUUGGGCGCUACCGGCAUUGCGAGAGACUUUUGCGAUAUAAUGAUUGCCGCAAAACACGAGGCCAUAGAGGAGGACAAACGGGUGGCAAAGUUUUUAAAUGAUGAUAACUUGUCCCGAAUUCUCGUUGAUUUAAGUUUAGCUGCUUCAGAAACAACUACCACAACAUUAUUAUGGACAAUUUUAUAUAUGGCUUAUUAUCCGAAACUACAAACAAGGUUGCGCAAUGAAAUUAGAAAUGUGCUAGGUGAUGCUAUACCUGGUGUAAAUGAUAAAGCUCGUUUGUCAUACGUGAUGACAUUUAUUUUGGAAAUAUUACGUGUGAGAAAUCCCUUCCCGAUCGGUGUCCCGCACACCACCACUAAGGCUGCAAAACUUGGCAGCUAUAACAUACCGACAGAAACAAUAUUAAUGUUGCAUCAGGGACAUAUUAUGAACGAUCCAGAUCAUUGGACCAAACCUGAUUUGUUUAACCCAGACCGAUUUUUAGACGCAAACGGCUGUGUGGAUCUAGUUAAACCAAAUGCUUAUAUUCCGUUUGCAAUUGGCAAACGUAUUUGCCCUGUGAUUUUGCAGCCAUUGGUGACCCAAAUAACCGCCCAAAUGCUGAGUUGGACUUCGUUUCGCUCGAAGACGUCUUCUCUGAGUUCUGACCAGAAUCUCAAACAACGUGUUGUUUGUGAUGGCAUUCAAGUGAUUGAGCUCUUCCUGAUGUGCGGCCAAUAUCUUUCUCAUAUUCCAUUCCAUCCAACGCUUGAUCCGAUCCAUCAGUUCUUUCAUCUCAAACAUGAAAGCGAUUCUCGAGAUCUCCGGCAGAUUCGCGACCGUCAGCUUCAUUUUGAUGACCGAUCGGCCAAUCGGUACACAUCGGCGAUCACUUCCAUUUUGUUUGAGUACAAGAAGAGGAUCAUUGUCUUGAAUGCCUCGACUGUGGUGUCUUUGAUUACAAUCUCCUUGUCGUUGGCCUCAUUGAAUUGGCCGCAAAGCAUCACUCGGAAGACUUGGCUCCUGAGGGCCAACACUUGCCUAAUGGCCGGAACUCUGUGUCCUUCGACCACAAACACGACAUCACUGACUGACUCAUUGAGAAAGUACUGUACUUCAGGACAAUUCAUGUUUUCCCCCAAUUCUGGUCUCUGCGGUGGCGACGCCUCUGAUUGU